UCCGUGAGUCUUCUGUUACUGGCAUACGUCAGACGAAAUUAUCAAGUAUUUUAAUGUAAACGCAAAAAAAAUCCCUAAAAUCUAAUCAUCAUUCAAAAUGAAGUUCAUGGAUAAGCUACCGACCGUUAUAAGCUGUUGCUUCUGUUGUUUCUUAAGGGCUGGAACUGUGAUGAUAGCCGCAUUUUCUUUCAUCGUCGGUUUGACUUUCGCGCCAAACGUGAACCAAACGUCCGGGUUCUGGGACAUGGAGAAUGUGCUCUCGAACUUCAGCACAUCAUCGGAGACGACGGUCCAAAUGGUUCUGGGCAUGGCGUCCAUUUUGUUGUGCUCCGUCAGUGUUUUACUUCUAUUGGGAGCUUGCUGUAACUUACCGGUGCUGAUCGAGAUCUACCAGUGGGGGGCUAUCGUCUACAGCAGCACAGUUGUCUUGCUCUUUACUUUCCUUAGCACGUUCUGUUUCUUCAUCCACAAUAACUGUCUGAUGGCUGGAGGCGUUCUGCUCUGUCUUAUCUUCGUUAUAGUGCUUUUGACCGCGUAUUUCGUGCUUGUCGUGAAUAGUUUGAGGAUGUCUCUCAAGUACCUAUCUGGUGAUAUUUCAGUGAUAUAAAAUGUUUUGUUUUUUCAAUUAAAAUUGUGUGAAAUAUCGA